AUGGAAAAGGGUAGUCUUCGUUCGUCCUCCCCGUUGCUCCUCUCCUCUUGGAAUACCAAUAAGCAUCCUAAAAUUUACCUCUUCGCGCCUCAAGAAGCGCAUUAUACUGUCGCUGCUGUUGCUUGCGGGUUUCGUGAACAUCUCGUACCUUCCGUUUUCGGGUAUUCCACCCCCGGCACGGGAUUUGAUAGAGUUGCAAUGAGGAAGUUGCUGACUCAACGUCUACGCAUCUCAUUACCCAUGGGGAACGAAUUUGAGACUUAUGAAGGCAACUCACCUCUGAUUCCUCUUGCUAUCCACCAAGCACCGUUGAACAGAAAUGAUUUCCUCCUGGAUUUUUCUUGGCUGGAAGUUUGCCCUAUUCAUCGGUUAUUCGAUAAAUGGGGCUUGGAAGUGAAUGCGCACAAUGGUGGAACAUUUGCGGUCGGAGAAGAAAACACGAAACAAUCGACUUGUGUGGUUCGCCUGAAGUCGGAUUUCGUCGACUUCGUACUGUUACGGUACUGGGGAGGGUGUUUUCGGAGAUCGGAACGAUACUUCGUACUGAAAGUAUCCGCAGCUCUAAGGGGAGACCCCAUAGGAGGUGCUGGAGAGCGAAAAGGCGCCGCCCUCGAAAGGAAACGUAACAAGACCGAAUCAGAGGCUACCGUUUUACCGCCACUAUGGUGGGUAUACCCCAAAAUACCGCAGGAUCUGUUGAGAGCUUUGGAUAACUGGCCGAACCCCGAAAGGCACACCAAGAAAAUCGAGUCUUUGAAGAAUUUUAUGCUACUGCAACUAGCCGUAGCAGGUGAACCAUUAUAUCUGAUACGAGAAAAGCCUUUAGCCUCUAGCAAACUCCAAAGCCAUCUUCGACUAGACUUUCGAGUUUCCUUCAAACCUAGAAUACGCGCGGUAUUUAAGAUGAGAUGGGCCUUUUCUCUAUCCCUCUUGCCUUGGACCGCAAAGAUGAGGCAUACGGGUAAUCCCCGAAAUGGAAGAUUAUAUAGAAUAUACCUUGGUCUUAACCAUAAUUUAACGAGCAACGAGGACAAUCGCGGAGUCAGUGGUGAUGAGUCUGGUCAGAACCAGACUCUCGCAGAAGGGUCUAUCCUGGAAGAUUUCCCAAGAACAACGACAGCUGUCCAUAACGAAACCUUAGUCUUGCUUGCCGAUAUAGAAGUCAUAUAUGACAUGCAGGUCAGUAGAUCGAUUGAGACGAUUGUGCUUAAGACUUUGAAGAGAGUGUACGCAAAGACUGAGAAGAGACAAGAAAGCGACUACAGAUCCAAGAGGAGAGUAACAAUAUACAAACAAUAA